AUGUCUUCUAGUACGGCAUACCUAAAACCACCGUCCUCAACUCAUCGCCAACGCGUCCCAUCGUCAACAUCAACCUCAGCAUCAGCUCCAGCACCGCCACCACGCGCCCCUGUCUCCGUUCAUUCCACCACUAUAGUCUCCGAAACAGCGACUUUCCACGGCAUAUACCCAAUAACAAUUGGAUCGGGGACGGUCAUCCAUCCGCGCGCUCGAUUCUACUCUUUUGAAGGGCCCGUACAAAUCGGCGACGGUUGCGUCAUUGGCGAGAAAUCCAUUAUUGGUGACAACAAGCCAAAUGCACCGUUAGCGAGAAACUCAACAACAGAAGGAGAAGAAACCAAAUCAUCUACAGAAGGCGGCACAACAACCCGAAUAUCCUCGUCAGUACUGAUCGGGCCUCAGGCAACAAUUCGUACUGGAGCGUAUAUUCGCUCCGCUGCCAUUGUCGAUGCAGUGGCUGUUAUCAAUCGCAGUGCGACUGUGGGUUCGCAUAGCAAGGUGUGCUCAAAGUGUGAAGUGCCAGAGGGCACUGCCGUUCAAGAUUGGACCGUCGUCUGGGCCGCUGGGGAAGGCAUUGGACAGAGAAAGCGUAGGCGAUUUGUCGGCCCUGCUGCGCAAGAACAGCCGCAGAAUCGUGGGAAACGGCCAGACGCAAAACUGGUCGAAGACGCUAGGCUGCUUGUUUUGCAUAGAGAACGGGAGGGCCUUGCAAAAAUGAUUAGCAUGUCUACCAGUGGUGGGAGUAAGCGACGGUGA